UUGGCUAACAAGGAAAUUAGAGUUUUUGGUUGGUACAACUAGCAGGCUGUAAAAUCACGAAAUCUACCUCCAAUAAAUAAUUUUGAAGUUUAUUUGUGAAAUAUGUUAAACAAUCGAAUGGAUUUACAUGAUGGCAAAAUGUUGCAAGUUUGGAGAAAAUGACGAGGUGACUUGCUUAACAACAGUGGCUUGGACAUUUGUGAUAUGAUAAUCACAAAAGACAAGUGUGUAAAAUGGACUGAAGUAAUUAGUUAGUUGCUAACUAUUGAGAUGUGCUACUAGCUGUACAUAUAAAAAAUAUAUGACCAAUAAGCACUUUAAGUUGUCUUUGCCUACAAAUCACCAAUCUACAUGAACAUCAUGUACUAAGAAAUAAGUUGUUACUGUUUGCAUGCUCUGUCAUCACUUUAAGGUCAAUUCACCUCCACAUACAUUUGUUUUGCUAACCACACAUAAACAGAGCUGAUCAUGUCACUAGUAGAGCAGUCCCAAAAGUGGUUCCCGACUCAUGUCCAAGCCACUGUUCUUCAAGCAACUGACCUACAAGCUAAGAGUAAGAAUGGCACCAACGAUGCCUACACUAUCAUUCAGCUGGGAAAGGAGAAGUACUCGACAUCUGUGGCAGAGAAAACACUUAGCCCAGUGUGGAGAGAAGAAGCCUCCUUUGAGCUGCCAGGUCUGCUUCUGGAGGGCAACCCAGAAAUCUACGAACUAUGCCUCAUCGUGAUGCACAGGUCCCUGGUGGGAAUGGAUAAAUUCCUGGGCCAGAGUACCAUCAAUCUCAAUGAGAUUUUUGAUAACAAGGAGAGAAGGAAAACUGACUGGUACUCUUUGGACUCCAGGCCAGGGAAGAAGAGGAAGGAGAGAGGGAAGAUUCAGGUCAGCAUCCAGUUCAUGAGGAACAACAUGACGGCCAGCAUGUUCGACCUUUCCGUAAAGGACAAGCCCCGCUCGCCCUUCACUAAACUCAAGGACAAGCUGAAGGGUCGCAAGCACGAUGGUGGCUUCUCCGACACCUCUUCAGCCAUCCUGCCCCGCUCCGCCAUGUGUGACUCGGAGACCCUUCGCCAGCCCAGUGCUCCGGACCAUCAGCACCAGCCAGAGCCCAAGAUCAAGAGACCCUUACUGGCCGGCUCCCAUAAGCUUUCCGCUGCCCACUCCAUGUCCGACCUCAUUGGCACCCACUUCCGCCCCAAGCUGGACUCUAUGAACUCAAUCGAGGAGCUGGAGAAAGGGAGUGGUGCCGCCCCUCACAGGCGCUCCCAGAGUGAGGUGCAAGGCUACCAGAACACAGAGGAACACUGUGACCCUUUUACUGAUAUCAGCGAUGGCCUGCCGCAGAAGUACGCCACCCUUCCUCGCAACCGCAACCCAUUUGAGGUGGAGCAGGGCCAGCUGUGGGACCAAGGGGAGAAGAAGGAGAAGAAGGAGAAGGUCAGCCUACUUGAACGUGUGACCGGGAAGAAGGAGGGACGCAAGACCGACGGGGGCCGUUCGGGCAGCUCUGGAGACCUACGCUCGCCCAAUCCCUUCAACAGCGAGUCUCAGGGCGACAUCCAACCAACCAACCCCUUCAGCUCACACUACAAAGCAAGUGAUAAAAAGCCCACCAGCAAUGAAGACAUCCGGAAGGCGCGAGAGAAACAUGGCAAGAAAAAUGAGACAGAGCAGCCGAGCGUGGCCUCCUAUAGCAACUUGUCCUUUGACGAGGUGGUGCGCGAGCUCAUCAAGCAGAAGGAGGUGGUGAAAAAGAAGGACGCCCAUAUCCGUGAACUGGAAGACUACAUUGAUAACCUGCUGGUCCGCGUUAUGGAGGAUUCGCCGAGCAUCCUACGGACACCCUACGAGCCCAACAGGAAAGCGGGGAAAAUCUCAAAAAAGAAGUAGAGUCAAGGUAGAGGAAGGUCAAAAAUAGAGGCUUGUAGUAACAGUAAUGUCCUGUCCUAGCCAUUUAAAAAAAAAAAUGUAUUGUGGGUAUGGAACAAAAAAUGAAGAGACGGGGGGGAUUGACCAAUGCCAAAUCAGUCGUUUUUGAUUUCUUUACAGUAACUGCAUUGAUGCAGCUUAUACUUUUUUUUAAUAGGUUUUGUAUGCUGUGAUUUGAGUUUACACCAGUUUCCCCAUCAGAAUAUUAUUGUGGAGUGAAGUACAUCCGACGACAUAAAUAUUUGACUUGCAUUAUAACUAACCCCAUGGCUGUUCCAUUAUGAUAGGUCGACUAACCUCUGAAUCAGUUGCUCUGUUGAUCCACUCAUCCAUUUUAAUUUUAUACCUCCUGCUCUGUUGUUUGCAUGGCAUUCCUUUUGUUUUUCAAAUUCUGGUGAAUUGAAAGAAUGGGAAAUUACAUAAUUUAUCUCACAAAUUCAUCAGAAUACCUUAGCAGAAACCAGUGGGAUUCAAAUUAGCUAUCACUGUGUUGACUAUGUUUACCAUUUAUUACGAGAUGUUGAAGAACAAACUAGUGGGGUUAUACCAUGCCUGACCGUUUUCCCAAGGCUUUUAAUAGUGUAUCCAUGGAAUACACUAUUAAAGGCCUUGGGGAAACGGUCAGGCAUGGUAUAACCCCACUAGUGCACUUUCACACACGUAAUAUGAAAAUCCCAGACAGCUUCUGGGGCGGUUGUUUGAACAUAGAACCACCAUCAAGCUAGAUUUACGUUUUUAACACUAAGGCUAUCUAGAUUUAAUUAAAUAUUUAAAGGAUGCACGCCUUCACCUCUCACAAAUCAGUUGUACUGAGAAAUUGCACGAUUAGAUUUUUUUUAAAUAAUGUCCUCGAGCUUCUAGUAAAGAGAGAAACAACUUCUCUGAUUUAUGACUGAACUAUGCCUCUUUUAGCCUCUCCAUGAGGCUAAAAUCUCUUGAUUAGGUUGCCUUACUUUACUGACUUUAUUGUCCCCAUGGAGAAGUUUUGUUGCAGUGUCAUGUACACGUUUAAAGUAGCGUUUAAAUACAAAACAAAUUGACAAUACAACUUUCAUAACAGUUGCAUACCAAUAAAAAGAGACUAGUCUACUGGCCUUACUGGGUCGAUGGGAACAUUAGCCCCAGCUAUUUAGGAGGGAUAUCACACCUGGCACAAAUGAUUGUCUAGUUCUAUUUUUCCUGCCGAGGGGUGCCCUAUACCUGCGCCCAGAAGGGAGUAGUUCAAAGUCGCUAGGUGUAGAACUAAGGUUACCAAACCCCAUUUAUAAUUGCUAACUGACUGGAGAAGUUUUGUUUAAUGCCCCGAUGCUCAUUCUGAACGUAUAAAUGCAUCGCUUGCGGUACGUUUUUUUGAAACAAACAUAUCUUUCAUAUCAGUGAGAAUUUUUUUAUUUUUAUAAACUCAAUGUUUAU